CUCGAGAUAUCUGAAAUUCAGGUGUUUUCAGGUCUUGAAAUUGUCUCCGAGAUAGCCAGAACUUUUAUAUUUGCGAGUUGAGAUAUGAAGUUUCAGCUGUAUAUAAUUUUAUUAGAAAGUUUGUUUUUCUAAUUUCUUAGGCAAUAAAGGGCGCAACAUUUCGUAUUUUUAAAAAAAAUCACAAGUAUUUUAUAAUAUUUUUAAUGUUGAACGUAUUAUUAAUAAGUUUCAUGAAAUGUUGUAUAUUAAGUGUAUUAUAGAGGGUACAUAUGAGAAUGUUCAUAAUGCUAUCAUAAUUUGAUUGAUACUUUUUUCUAAUAUGAGACAGAUCUGUAUGCCCAAACUGUAUAUUUUUUUCAAAAGCAGGAUAUGGUAAAGUAAAACAUGCUUUUCUCAUUAUAAGAACAGUCAUCAAGUUCAGAGGUUAAUUUUUUUAGUCAGAAAAUAUAAUUUAUUGCAAAUUUUGAUAACUGUAUGUUGUAAUUUGAAAUACAAAUGGACACUAUGGAACUUUAUUUCAAGUUCUGAUUGGUGAAAUUGGACUUUCAUAUAAUUAAUUAUGAUGUUUAGCGUUAAUUCUUUAGGAACUAUUUUUUUAAACGCAGGCAUACAGUUAUUCAUUUAUGAUUGUACAUUUGCCUAUCCUUUGCUGCACAUCAUCAAUUUACUGUAAUUUGUUAACUUGGUUGGUAAAUACAUCUUUUUACAAACACGCUAUUAUAGAAACAUGAUUUCACACAAAUUAUGAUUUUUUCAAAAUUUAAUUUAAAGUAAGGAGGGGAAAAAAAGGGGGUGUAUCAUUUUGUAGAUGACUAGGCAAAAACUGUCCACACCUUAGGUUAUGGGUUCAAACCACCUUGUUUCAUCAUGUGAUGUCAGGCAUCAGACUUUGCCUUUAAAAGCAGGAAAGAAACUAUUAAAUAAUCUUUUAAAGAUAGCAGUUACUGCAGUGUUGAAAAUGUAUCACUAAUAAAAAUAAAUUACAAUCCACCAUAGGUAUAGUUCAGUGUUUAGGUCAAAUAAAUGUUGUCAUAUUUUAUUAUGCAUUCACAGUGCAGAUCAGAGUCAACUAAGGUCUCUCAACCUCAAGUGACCUCACAUGCUCCCCGGGCUGUCACCGCAUCUACCUAUCAAUCUAGCAAGUGGUAAAAUUACAGCCGCUUUUCUGCAAAACAUAUUAUUUUCGGCUUUUUAACUAGAAGCCUUGAGAGCAAUCAAGAUUUGAAAGUUCUCCAGCUUUGAGUUAAGUAUUUUUCCCAUCAAAGCAAAAAAAAAAAAAAAAGGCGCAUUAUGACCAGUGUGGCGUGACGUUUAAUAUUUUACAUAUAGCUACAGGGACUAUUGAGGUUUAUGAAAGUGAUGUAUUGCUAAGUAAUCGUGGAAAUAUUUCUAACUCAUUCUUGUGGAACCUCAACGGCUGGAUACAUUUUGUUCAGUUUCAAACAUUUACCAGCUUAGAAUACUGUGUUCAGAUGAUUGAACGUAGCUUGAGGGGAUAUACACAAUUAUGAUACAUUUAAUGUUUAUUAUUUAUUCGGCUUGGGACUUAUCAAAUAGAUUCUAUAUAGAGAUUGCGAGACGGGGAAUUGACUUUUCAGUUGACAUGGUAGGAUGUGAUGCUUUUAUCCAGCUUUCGCCGCAAUAAUUGAUUCCGAUGCAUCUUUUGAUAAAUAUAGCAAACCUAGCUGAGCGUAGAAAAACUGGAUAAACUAGCUGAAUAAGUUAUGAGUUUUUGUAACAUUUUGCUUUGACUACGAUGUGUGAAAAGCCAAAAUAGCAGUGCAUGGGUAACUUAAGAGUAUGUUAGCUUAGUGAUCGUCUUAACAUGGUUGAAUUGAAGCGAGGGCGGCAAAAAUUUGGAGUCAAGUUGAAAUAGGAUGUAGCCUGAGCAGUGUAUUAAUUGUUGACACGUCAACUUAGUAGAUGGAUACACAAAUAUUUGAGUGGUAACAUAGAUAAAUUUAAACUGGCGUUGUUUGUUGGAUAGUUAACUGUUAUUGUAUGUACUGAAGAUAACAAAACUGUUUUGAAGAUGUAUGUAAUUAAACUUAAGACUUUUUUUUAAAUUUAUUUUUUUAAGACCAAAAAGGAACUGUGAAAAAGGAUUUUGGAAAUGAUUAUGAAUGCUCUUGAUAUUUUUAACCAUAUGGCGAAACUUAAGAAAGAACAAUGUUUAAAAGAAUGAUUCAUGAAACAUAAUGUUAAGAUGUCUUACGUAGGCGGACAGUGAAAUAUGUUGUGUUAGGUACCUUUAGGUUAUUAAUUCAACACAACAUUCGUUCAUCAUUAAGGAAAAAAGCAAACAUCAUUAUAUUCUAUUGACAAGUUGCGAAAUAACACGUCAUGACAUUCCAUUUGGUUAUUUUGGAACAUUGUUACUGCCCCUGAUUUCUGCUACACCUGCGUUGAGAUUGUCGAUUCAAUACAGUAAGAGAUGAGCACAGGUAACCGCGCUAAGUCGUCAAAAUGGAGAGAAGUUAAUAUGGAGUCAGUCAUGUAGCUACAAAAAUUGUAAUCAUCGUGACUUCUGGUUGUUUCAUUAUACCACACUGAUUUUGAAACGUCGGUUUAACUUGAAGGACUUGUAACGACGACUUUGAAAUUGGGAGUAAUUACACUGAUAGUGCACUGGUUAAAUAAGGUCAUUGACAAAAAUUUUAUUGUAGGAAAUGACUAUGAACAUUGGGGAGUCAAAACAGUUCAAGUGUUCCGCGAAUUUAACAAACUCCUUAGUGAUCGGCUGAAAUAUGUACUGUUUUCACGACAAGUGGCUUUUAAGUGAAUUUAUAGGAAGUAUUAAUAAAGAAUUUUCACAAAUUUUUAAUCAAUCAUCAGUGAAAAAAGGAAGAAUUUGUGCUUAAUUUUAUCAUAUUAUUGUUCAAAUUCUUACAAUUAAUUAAAUUUCAUGGAUGUAUAAAUUAAUUUUGUAAAAGCUUUUUGUUCUUUAAGGUGAAAUUAUAAUCAUGUUUUUGUUUUUUUUCUAUCAAUAAUUUUAAUUCAGUUUAACUAAAAAAUUAUUGUAAAUGGUAAUUUAAAAGUAAGGAUUCUUUGCUAUUGUUAGUUCAUGAUUUAUUAAAAUCUUACUGCAUAUAAUUUCAUUUAAAUAAUCAACUUUACUUUGCAUGUGUUUGCAUGAAAGCAUGCCGCAUUUUGCCCGUGCCCUUUUUCCUUUCUUUAUUUGCAUGCCUUUCAUUACAAAUACAUGUAUGUGAAGUCGGAUCAGCCGUCUCGUUCAUAUGAAAAUACUUGUCAUUUGUAUGUUAACGAUUUUCAUAACAUUGAAUUGAUGUCAUUUACAUAUGUGAAAGACUUUUACAUACAGAUGUUUUAACUUUAAAGUAGAAAAGCGACAUAUUUUCAGUUUGCUUUUUUUUAUUGUAGGAAAUUUUAAGGAUGAAAUUUUAUUGAGAUUAAUGUUGAGGUAUUUGAACUUUUCAGUAUUUUUUUAAAACUAUUUUUCUUCAUAUGAUUUGAAUUUCUAGAUAAGGACAUGUAUCUGAUUUUGUGUAGAAAACUGAAUAAUUUCAAAUGUGUAUUUUACCUGUUACUACUCGAGGAGUAAGCAUUUAAGUUAGGAAUUUUACUUGUGUAACUUAAAGCUUGAACUUAAUUUUAUGUUUUUAUUCGCAGUUUAAUUAUUGACGCUUUGUAUGUAUUGCUGUUGUUUUACUUAUGCACUGUGUGGCUUGAUAGACAUUAUUAGCAUAGACACCAACCUGCAAAUGCGGCUCUGUCGAUGUGACAUAUUUUGGCGGGAAAACAUGUUUGGAGUAUUUUUUCGGGGUUUGAUGCCAUCUUACUUGAUAGCAUUAGGCUGGGACGCCUGAUCUAAUACUGUCAGGUAAAGAUGUCCACAGAUCUCGUCCACUUCGAAUACGGAAAUUCAGCUUCCUAAUUACGGAUCGACAGACACUACCUUGGCACUGUAUUCACUAGCUGUACCUGACGCAUGUUUUUGUUUGUUGUUUAACUCUAAUAUUCACCAGUAUCUAAUAUUAACAGACUUUAACUUCACCAAAAAAGGAUAGACUGAGAGAAUGAAAAACAAAAUGAGGAGUUUUCAGGAUUUUCAGAAGGAGACACAGGAAGGAGUUGAGGAUUUCUCUUCAUGGAGGCAAAAGAAAUACAUGGAACCUAAAGGAUCAGGAAAAAUUGAAACAAAGGAGUAAGAAAAUGAACUGUUGGACAAAAGGAACUAAUAAUGUACAGGAUGAACUGCGACAGGCGAGAUUACUUAGGAAGCGGCAGGAGCUGCGAAAAGCUGACCCGCAGAAAAUGGCCGCCCUGAGACAGAAGUUCCUUGAUCAAGCAAAGAAAUACUAUGGUUACCCAUAUGCAAGAAAAUACUGGCCUCCAGAUUCUCCGGAAUACAAAUCCAAGUUGUUCCUUGAUUGCUGUGGGUUGGUGCGGCGUGUGAUGCGUGAUCUCGCAGACGAUUUUGGUUUCAUCAUCGGGCCGUGGAAUCAGGCGUACAUGUUUGAUACUCUGCCUAUAGUUGUCAAGAGUGAAAAAGAUAUGAAACCUGGUGAUCUAGUCUUCAUCUCUGCCAUUUACUACAAUCCUAAAUCAAAGAAACAGAGGCACAAUAUGACGCAUGUGGAGAUCUGGGCGGGAGAGGGAUGUAAGACUAUUGGUGCUAGAUGGAACAAUGGCAAGGUUCAGAUGUGGGACAGUUACAAAUUCCUUGCCAAAAGUUACCACAGUGAGACGUACCACUUCAGAUCCAUAGAUACAUGGCUGAAAGGACUCUGCACAAGUCACUGCUCCCAGCAUUCUUGGAAACGAAGCAAAUACAGCCCAACAAAGAAGUCCAUAUUUGCUCUUCCAGAACAGAUAGAGGAAGACGAAGCAGCAGGGGAUGAUGACGACAAUGUAGACAGUUUCAACAUGCGUGGUAACACUUUCAUCAACCAGGUGUCUGAUGUCAAUAAAAUGUUGUCCAGAUGCGAGCUGUCUGGUAUUCAAAGACCAAAAACUGAACUGGAUUCUCCAUACAGAAGAAUGAACACUCCAGGUACAAGUCAGAAAGCGUCAGAUGCUGAGUUUCCUACUAUACGAAAUGAUCUGAAAGGGAAAGGAAAAAGUGUUCUAAAUAGAAUGACGAAAACAAAGUGUAGCACUGAAGUUAAGCAAGAAAGGAACUCUAGAGAGUUACCAACUGCUGGAGGUAAUUCAGUAGAUAGAAAUAAAGAGCAAGGACAGUUGACUAUAUCAGGAAGUCUUGAUGACUUAGGUAGAAAAGGUUUAUAUCUGAGAGAUUUAGUGGAUUCACAGAGAGUUGAUAAUUAUGAUGAAGAUGUGGAAGGAGAAUCUGAAAGAGAAGAUGAAAUGGAGGAGCUUGAAAAUGCUGAAGAGUUUGAUUAUGAUGAUGAUUAUUUCAUAUUUGCUAAUGAUGAUGAUGAUGAUGAUGUUGAUGAUGAUGAUUUUACAAAGAAGAAGGACACUGAAGACCAUUCAAAUGAAAGCUCUAAGUUCAUAAAAGGCGACACUGUUGAAUCUGAUACUGAAAACAUUGCAGGGAAUAAAACUGCAACCACAUGUGAUACAGCUGCUAAAACUGUAAGAAAUGGAAAAGAAAGUAAAAUUGAAAAUACAGAGAUUCAGUGCAUCAUCACAGAAAAUGGUAUUGCAGAGAAGAAUGUGAAAAAUAUAGCUGAUGAAAACAAGAAUGCCUCAUCUUCUGAAAAAGAUAGAAAUGAAAAUGCUGAACAGAAAUUUAGAAGCAUUAAUGAAAAUGCUGAACUUAAAAAAACAGAAGAAGACCAGCAUAAGAAAGUGAGCGUCAUUGAAAAUGUUUUUCCAUUAGGGCAUUUUGAAAAUAACAAACCUACUAAGUUUGUACAUACUGAAAACAUUAGCCAGAACGCAAACCCGAAAGUAACUGAAAAACAGCAGUCUAAGGAGAAAGCUCGAAUACAGUGUGUCAAAGCUAGUAUAAUUACAGUAGUUUCCCAGUCGGAUGGAUCUAGAAGUCAGUCUAGCUGUUCGUCUUCAUCCACCUUGCCAUCUGGUAGCCAGACUAGUUGUACAUCUAGCAGUCAGGCUAGCUCCACAACUGGUAGUCAUGCCAGCUCUAAAACUAGUAGCAAGGCUGAUUCUAUAACAAAUAGUAAGAUUAGUUCUUCAUUUGGUAGUCAGGCUAGCUCCACAAACGGUAGCCAGUCCAGCUUUGCAAGCAAUAGCCAGGCCAGCUCUGCAUCUUUAGUCUUGCCAUCAGAAAGUAAAACAAGUGAAAUUUCAGAAGUAGAUGCACAGUCUAAUGACAUAGAGACCAGUGAAAUAACAGGAAAACAGGAUGGUCCAAAAUCAUCAACAGUAAUAGAGACAGGUGCUCCUCCAGAUGUGAAAGAGGAGAAUAAUGCGAAUGAUUUUGGAAAGAGAGGUCAGAGGAAAAAAUCUCCUGAUGACACUAAAACCACCAAGCUUCCAUUCUGUGGUAACUCGACAAACAGACCUACCUUCUAUGUUGGGAAUGGCAAUGGUGUCUCACUUGUUGAAGGCCCAUUAACAAGUCUGGGUUGGAGGAGAAUUACAGAUAAACAUAAUGAACGAUUUAAGUUGAAAUGGGUUCAGUGCAAAACUACCAUCAACUACGAUGCUUUCAAAGAAGGGGACCAGUUAGUGAACCACAUACCAAACUCACAAUUGCUCACAAACAAACUUGGUCUGCUCAACAGUCUUAGACAAUAUGAGCGAACUUCUCUAAGUACAAAAGGGAGACUACCAAGGCUGAAAUUGUCCGAUUUUCAUCCUGAGACGUACAAACUUGAUGAUAAAACAGAAAGAGAAUCAUUUCUACAAGUUUUUAAAGAUAAUGAGGUUUGGAUAUGUAAACCAACAGGCUUGAAUCAAGGCAAGGGGAUAUUUUUAAUACGUACUCGUGAGGAAAUAGACAAAGUUCUAGAAGAACAAGAACAGAAAAAACAACAAACUCAAAAUCCUGGGCGACCUGUCAUGAACCGAAUUGUUCAAAGAUAUAUUCCAAAUCCAUUGUUGCUAGAAGGUCGUAAGUUUGAUAUACGAGCCUAUAUGCUGGUUGCAUCAACCGUACCUUUCUUGAUCCUGUUCCAUCAAGGAUAUGUGAGGUUAUGUUGCCAUAAGUAUGAGGCAGAUAAUAGUGACCUUGGUAUACAUCUCACUAAUCAGUUUGUGCAAAAGAAGGACCCUAACUAUGAGAAGUUGAAGGAAAGUACUGCAUGGAGUAUGGUUAAAUUCAAUGAGUACAUUAACCAGAAUGUAAGACCGGACUGUCCUGUUGAAAUUGAAGAAGACUGGGUGUUUAACACUUUUACAAAACAGAUGAAGAAAAUCAUGAUUCAUUGUUUUAACAGUGUAAAGCACAAGUUACAGUCUAGAAUAGGAUUCUUUGAUCUGUUUGGUCUUGAUUUCAUGAUAGACACCAAUAUGAAGGUAUAUCUAAUUGAGAUUAACACAAACCCAGCUCUAGCUUGUAACUGCGAGGCCCUGCAGGAGGUUAUACCAGGGGUAGUUGAGGAGACAAUAUAUGUGGCCAUAGAAUGUUUUGAGAAAAGCAAGAAGAACCAACCACUGAUGCCCUUGCAGAGCUUGAAGGGUUUUGAAGUAUUGUAUUGUGGUACACAACAGAACACCUCAAGCCCCAAAAGAAGCCGUAGCUUCUCAGCUGACAAAGAAAGCAGCAGCACUGAAAAACCUAAACCCGUCCAACUGAACUCAAUAAGAGGAGUUUCUGUACCAAGUCAGCAGGGUCCACGACUGUCCACUGAAACCACUGCCCUCCAUAUAGCAGACCCAAAGCAAAGUUCUGAGAAAUCAAACAAAAGUGGUAAUUCAUCAAACAAGAAAACUAUGUCAAUUAAAAGAGAAAAAACUGAUACAAAUAUGAAAAUUUCAAACACUACAAAUUCUAAACAGGUUAAAGGAGGAGAUUCAAGUAAAGGGGCAGGUAACUGUGAAAAUACUGCUGAAAAUGAAAAAGAUACAAAGAAAAUCGAUAACAAGACAGAAGCUCCAAAACAAACAGUUGAUCCUGUAAUUAUUGAUUCUGUUACUGAACAUUCAGAUCUGAAAGAGGCAAACUUGAAAACAACAGGGGAGGAAACUGUAGAUUUUCCAAAAAAGUCUAAAUCAAGAGGAAGAGGAAAUCUUGAGCGGGGAAAUUGAUUUUAGCUAAUAGCUUAGGAGCAAGUUUAUGUUGUGUCCCUUGCUGUUUGAGCCCAUCAGUAUUCUAAAGAGCAUUAGAGUGCAUUUCGACUUGUACUGUGAUAUUUCAAUGAAAAUUAUAAUGCUGUUUGCAGUGAAUUCAUAGGCACAACUUUUAUAAAGUCACAAAAUUCACUUGUAAAUGUUUCCUUGUAAUCUUAUCGUAGGAUUGAAAAAAUUUUCUGGUGUUCAUGCAUAUAUAAAGUGUUUCUAGUAAUGCACACACUGAAUAACACUACAGAGGGGCUUUAAUAAAUUUUGUUUGUGUUUGCUAUAAGGAAGGGUUUACACAUGCAGGAAUACAAGAGAAAAAGAAUACAUUCCAUUUUUUUUUGUGUAAAGAUUCUGUUUUCUGCACCAAAAAUUUAGGAAACAAAUUUUUGUCUUUUUGGAUUCAUUUUAAGAUCAACAGAUACAAAAUGAUCUCGCUAAAAAAAUGAAUGCUCACACUUGAAUGUUUCAUCCCCCCCAAAAAGAAAGGUUUAACCAUUUUUUUUAAAUUUUAAGCAGUGUUGAAAAGAAAAAGAUAAAACAAGGAGUUCAUUGUGUGCAAAAUUUUUUGCUAAAUCAAUCAAGUUAGUAUGUUCAACUUGAUAAAUAUUGGAAUUAUUGUUAGAUGUGAUUUAUGCAGUUUACUUUACAGGAAAUGUAUUAUAAGUCAUGACGACUGGUUCAACAACCAGGAGGGUAGGAUCAUAAGAAUCUUUUACUGGUCACAGUUGCUUGAAGUAUUCAUUUCAAGGUUAGCCGUUCGAGACAUUACAAGGCAUUGCUGAGAAACUGCCAAAACAGUUACCCAUGUGCUUAUGAAUUAUUCCCAUCCAGAGUUAUAAACAGUGAUAAAAUGUUUUUAAUUCUUUUUUCAUGUAUAUUGUUCUUUACAACAAAUAAAGAAAUGAAAUUAAAUGACUGAUUUUUCAGUCACUUCAGCACCAAAUGUUAUAGAUGAACCAUUGUAAUCAAUCACUGUCCAUCAUACAUCCAUUGUAAUAAAAUCUGUAAAGUAGAUCCCUCGGAAGCACCAAGAACAAGGCAAACAGUGAAAAUUGCAGACUUGGUUUUUCUGUAGCAUUCAAUGUCAGUUGAGCUACUUAGGGCCUUCAUAACUCUCUCAUUUAAAAAGAUUAGCGUGGUCAAUGGUCGACAAGUUUUAGUUCCUCAUGUUAAGGUAUUGAUAAAACUAGCAUCAACUGGUUACUUUCAAAGACAGCAUUCAGGGCACUUAUUUUCAUUUAAGCCAUGCCAUGAGAAAACCAACAUAGUACAUUUGUGAUUGGCAUGGAUCCAGAUCUGCGCAGUCUGGUCAGGAUCCAUGCUGUUCAGUUUCUCUGCUUGCAAUAGGCUUAAAAGGUGAACAGCUUGGAUCCUGACCUGACUGCACGGAUGCACAGGCUGGUCUUGAUCCAUGCUGGUCACAAAUGCACUAUGUUGGUUUUCUCAUCGCUCAAUUAAGACUUUGUUAGUGUUACAUCAUUUGUUUAAAACAAAUCUGAAAUAUUGGGAAGAAGGUUGUAAUUUAUCUUUCAUUUUUGAUGACAGUAUUUUUAACCCUUACCCUGCUAAGUUUCAAAAUCUACUAGUCCAUCUUUCAGUUUGGACAGUCCCAUUAACUGUUAAAAGGGGGAAGUGCAGGCUGAUCAUGAUCUACACUGAUCGCAAAGGUAGAAUCAAUCGUGUCCAGCAUGAUAAGGGUUAAACAAAUAUUUCAACUUGUCAGUCUUCGUUUCUUUCGGUGAGACGAUUUAGUAUUACAAAGAUUUUAUUUUAAAAUUAAAGCAUUUAAUCUAAUGAUUCAUGAUAAUUGAUAAUAAAAUUAUAUUUUUUAUUUAAGACUUACAAAGUAGACAGUUUUGAAGUGAAGGUAAAAGUGUGUAGUAAAAACCCGCUCAAAAAUAUUCAAGUUGUUUGUUGUAAACAUUUUUAUAGGAUAUAAAAAGUUUAAGUAGGCAUUUUUCAAAGUUGUCAAAUCUUUAGGUUGUUGAUUCAAAACAUUUUAAAGCCUUUAUCAGGUUUAAUCUUAUAAAUGUAUGCAAUUCCAAAGCUGUAUUAAAAACUGCCACUGUUGUAAAUAGUAUUGACAGAGAUUUGCUUGUUUCUUAACUACCAUAAACUUCCUAAUAUAGGUCAUCAAAAUUGGAUAUGAGUUUGUAGAACAGUUUUUAAAAGAGCAUGUUUCAAUAUUUAUAUCAUUUUUUUUUUAAAGUUAAACAAGUACAUUCAUUUUUUUAGUAUAAUUAUUAAUAAAAAAAUUAAAUAGCAUUUCUUCGAUUAAUGUACAUUCAAAAUUUUGGUAUGGGAUUUAUUUUUGCUAAGUCCGCAAACUGACAGUAGUCAUGAAAAUAAAACCUGGCAAACAUGCUGUUCUUGUUAUAAAUACUGUAAAAUGAGAUAAUUUUGUGGGCCCGUAUUUUCAAGGUUUUGGCCGAAACAGCUAUUUCAGGGAGAUAUGAAUUUGUAGAUUCCAACUUUUGAAAAUAAAAAGAAUUGGAAUUUUAGUUCUUCACUUGGACUGAAUUCGUGGAUUGAAGCAACCAUGGAAUCUAUGAAAAUUAGUUCCGCAUGAAUAUUAAUGAUUUCACGGUAUGAAUUUAUAAAGAGACUUUUGUAGCAGCUGUACUGUGUAUUGAAAUGCUUUCUUCCGCCUAUGUCACACUAAAACAAUUGGCAAUUUGAGUUUGAAUUAAAAUCCCACUUUUAAAUAAAAAAGUAAGUCUUAUAUUUGGAUUGUAUCCAGGCAUUGAAAACGUGUCUGAAAAUUUAAAUUUUACUUGACCUUCAAUUUAUUAGCAAUGCCUGGAAAUAGCUGAGGAUACAGAAUUGUCACGCAGGUAUUACUAAAUUACUAGGAAUUAGAUAUUCUUUAUAUCAUUCUCAAGAUUCAAUUUAUUUCAAUUUAAUAUUCAAUUUAUUAUUAGAAAAAAACUUGCAUUUUACAGAUAUGAGUGUCAUGUAUUGUUUGCAAAAUGUAACUCAAUGUUUUAAAAGAAAGACUUUGCUUUGUUUUAAAUAGAUGUGUUUUUUGUAUCUUAUUUACAGUUGUUACAUUAUACCUUCUUCACAUACUGUGGAACUAUUGUUUAUAAAGAGUUUCAUUUGUUUGGCACCAAGAUGAUGAUAGGUCAAAGGCUAGCCCUAAUUAAACUAGGUCUAUAUUCUAAUCUUUUUAAGUAGAAUAAAGUAAUUAUACAUCUU